AUGUCUGAACCACCACCACCCCAACCCAACCAGCAACCCGACCAACAACAAGACGUCGAGAUGCUCCCCGCCCCAGACGCACAACCACAACCACCCUCCCAAUCCCAACCAGAACAACCCCAAUCCCAACCUGAUCAACAACCCCCCCACUCGGACCCAACCUCGGACCCAAUCCCCUCGGACCAGCUACCACCCUCAUCCGAGCCCGUGAUCCCCGGCCCCCGCGCGCAGCGGUUAAAACAACUAUUCCAACAAACAACAACCCACACCCUCGACAAACUCUCCCCGUCCAACUUCCGGGAAUGUUUCCCAACCAUUGCAGAAAAAGCGCCAGGGACGCUAGAUAAUGUCCACAGGCAGAUGAUCGACCGGCUGUCCACCCUCUGGAACAGGGAGUUUGAGCGGAUCCUCGAGUCGAGACAGGUGAUUCAGAAACUGAAUGAGCUAGAGGGGUUGAUAGCUGAGGCUCAGGCGGGGAGGAGGCGGGAUGGUGGAGGGGGGGAAAGGCCGGUGCCGCCUCAUACGCUUGGUGCUGAGGUUGUGCUUAAGGCUCACCUAAGGGGUUACCUUAGGGAGCAGGAAACAAGGUUGGGGGAGAGGUUACAGGAGGUGAGGGGGGGGAAUGGAAGACUAUUUGAGGAGGUGUUGGCUCAGAGGAGGGAGAUGGAGCGGCUGGUCAAGGGGGUGGAAAAUAUGGUGGGGGAUGUGAGGGGGGCGAGUGAGGUUUUGGGGGGGGUGCUGGCUGGUGAGCUGGAGGAGGAGACGAGGAGGGUGGAUGGGGAGUUGGCAAGGGUUGGGGGCGGUUGA